UCCCCGGCGCUCCGGGGGUGGAGCCGAGACCACCGAGAGGGCCCAGCUUCUUAGCCGCCCAGAAGGGCCGGAAAUCAAUGGGACAGCGGGCGCGGGUUUCGGGGCCUGUUUCCGGCGUUGUCCACGUUAGGAGCCCCCGGCGGUCCUCCGGGAGGACUGUGCUUCGUGAAGGCAAAGCCCUUGUGCGUUGCUCACUGCUGCAUCCCAUUGCCUGGCUGAGCACCUGACACAGGUGGCAACCACCCCUUAAGCGUUCUUGGAGUGAUUCACAACCACCACACGCUCUGAAAGAUGAGCGAGGCCUCGGGGGACAUAUGCUCCAGUACUGUGGCUGCCUUGGUUUCCCCCUGUGUCCCAGCCAGAGAAUAUCUGGAAGUGGAGGUCUCUCGGCCAGGACACAUGGAUACUCAUCCACCAAGCCUCAUGGAAGCUGUGACAUUUGGUGAUGUGGCUGUGCACUUCUCACGGGAGGAGUGGCAGUGUCUGGACCCUGGCCAGAGGGCCCUCUACAAGGAGGUGAUGCUGGAGAACCACAGCAGUGUGGCUGGACUAGCAGGAUUUCUGCUCUUCAAGCCUGAACUGAUCUCCCGGCUGGAGCAAGGGCAGGAGCCAUGGGUCCUUGACCUGCAGGGAACAGAGGCGAGAGAGGCACGAAGGACCCUCCAGACAGAUACAAACAUGGAUGCAAGAGAAGGAGUAAUCUUGGUUCUGAGCAGCUUCUCGGGUGAACAUCAUGUCACUGGUACUGUUGUGCUCCCUCCAGAACUUCUGGGGAUCCCGGAUGACCCUAGCCUCUCAGAUUCUACAAUAAGCACUGAUGGUGAGCAGGCUGGUGAAGAUGUGCACAUGCUAAAAUCAGAGUCUCUGGCAGCGAUGGUCAAACCCCCCCCUUGGGAUUAUCCUCAGAGUCCGGGCUUCGGAGACACCUCUGAUUCUGAGGUCUGGCCAGAGAGUAAGCUAAGCUCUCUCUUUCAGAAACACCACUUGCACACAGGGACUGUGGCUCCCAGGAAGACCUCUGCCACGGAGGAUGUGCAGGGACAUGUCAACCUGGGUUGUCAAGGGGUUGCUGCAGAUGGGCCAUCUCGAAGAUGCGAUGUUUGUGGCAGGAGUUUCAGAUUCGUGGCUCUGCCUCACUUUGGUGUACAGAAGGAACUUAACAGAUGUCAGGAGUGCCAAAAAAAGUUAUCUGAUUGCUUACAGGGGAAACAUCAAAGUAACUGCCAUGGAGAGAAGCCGUAUGAGUGUGAGGAAUGUGGGAAAGUCUUCAGGUUGUGCUCGCAGCUUAAUCAGCAUCAGAGAAUCCACACUGGAGAGAAACCGUUCAAAUGCAUAGAGUGUGGAAAAGCCUUUCGCCUGAGCUCAAAACUUAUUCAGCAUCAAAGAAUUCACACGGGAGAGAAACCGUACAGGUGUGAGGAGUGUGGGAAAGCCUUUGGUCAGAGCUCCAGCCUCAUCCACCAUCAGAGGGUGCACACAGGAGAGAGGCCCUAUGGCUGUCGUGAGUGUGGGAAGGCCUUCAGCCAGCAGUCUCAGCUGGUCAGACACCAGAGGACUCACACUGGAGAGAGGCCCUACUCGUGCCAGGAGUGUGGGAAGGCCUUCAGCCAGAGCUCAACCCUGGCUCAGCACCAGCUGAUGCACACGGGGGAGAAGCCUCCAGUUCCAAGAACCUUGGAUGGUGCCAGCCUCGUUGCACACGAGAGAAUCCACGCUGCAGAGAAACCGUUUAAGUGUGAUGAGUGUGGGAAGGCUUUCAGGUGGGUCUCUCGCCUUAGUCAGCACCAGCUGAUUCACACUGGAGAGAAACCAUAUAAAUGCAACAAGUGUGCAAAAGCCUUCGGUUGUAGUUCACGGCUUAUUCGCCACCAAAGAACUCACACUGGAGAAAAACCAUUCAAAUGUGAUGAGUGUGGGAAGGGCUUUGUCCAGGGCUCACACCUGAUUCAGCACCAGAGAAUUCACACCGGAGAGAAACCCUAUGAGUGUAGUGAUUGUGGAAAAGCCUUCAGCCAGAGCUCAAGCCUCAUUUACCAUCAGAGGAUUCACAAGGGAGAGAAACCCUACGAGUGCCUGGAAUGUGGAAAAGCCUUCAGUAUGAGCACACAGCUCACAAUUCAUCAGAGGGUUCACACUGGGGAGAGGCCCUAUAAAUGUGGUGAGUGCGGGAAAGCCUUCAGUCAGAACUCAACCCUUUUCCAACACCAGAUAAUUCAUGCUGGAGUAAAGCCCUAUGGAUGCAGUGAGUGUGGGAAAGCCUUUAGUCGAAGUUCGUACCUCAUUGAGCACCAGAGGAUUCACACGCGUGCCCAGUGGUACCACGAAUAUGGGAGCACCCUGGAGGGUUCUACCCAUGUGAGCCGUAAAAAAGUUAACACUGUAAAGAAACUACACAAAUGUAAUGAAUGUGAGAAAAUAUUCAGAUGGCGCUCCCAUCUCAUUAUACAUCAGAGGAUUCACACUGGAGAGAAACCUUAUAAAUGUAACGAAUGUGGCAAAGCCUUUAAUCGGAGCUCAAGGCUCACUCAGCAUCAGAAGAUUCAUAUGGGAUAGACCACUCACCUCUUUAAAUGUGUGUAAGUGGGAAUAAACCCACAGCCUUACCUAUUUAAAUUAUAUGGGAUAAUUGAUAACAAGGUAGAAUGUUAGUAAAGAUUCAGAAUUGCUCUUUUAAAAACAUCCAAAUUCAUACAAAAUGUGUUUUUUUCUGGAAUUCUGAUUUUAUCCCACUCCAUAACCCUGUGUCCCUUGCACCAGGGGAGUCAUGUAGAGUUCUGAGUGUGCAGACGGAUGAACCCAGGUUCUGCAGCUGAGGCCUGAGAAGUCCUGUGAGCUCUGCCAGAGGAGAUACUCAGUGUCUUCAGCACUAGUUACUCAGACUGGCUUCAGCAAGGAUGUGUGAGCUUGCGUGCGCUGAAGUCCAGAAGAGGAGUGUCUGGAAUUCCCUUCUGCCUUCACCUGACUCCUUUUCUUCAAACCUCUUCCCCCAUCAGCAGCCCAGGCAAGCAGCCACCCAGGGUCAACGUGAGUUUCCACAUGGGCCAAGCCACUCUGAUUAAUCUGACCUACAGGCUGGGCCCAUGUUCAUUCACUUUGUCUCACAGAGCAGUUAGUUAAUGCCAUGGAGGGCACUGGAUGAGACAGACCUGCCGCAUUGACCCCCUCCCUGUCCAGUGUCCUGUAUUCACCAUUUGGGAAGGAGUCCAGGGGCCAGGAGUCCACUCGAGACCUGCUGACCUUUGGUACCAUUGCUACAAUCAGAGGGGCAAUAUUUGAGAGACCAUCAUCCCAGUGGAGGAGCCCAUUUCUUCCACAUGUGGACUGGUAUCGCAGAGGGACACAGGUCAGUCACUUCAGGAUUUGUUGUGACACUUGAUUUGGGUCACCAUCACACUGGUUUGGUCAAGCCCACCACACGUCCUUGAGACCUUGCUGCUUCUAUCGCCGUGCAUGGCAUAGCCUGUAGCAGGCUAUGGAUUUGAGUCAGGUGAAAAAAACGCUUGCUGAUCCCCAUGUUUGCAUUAGGAGGUUCCUGAGCUUUCUGCUGUUGUUGGGAGCAGUGGAGUUUGAGGUGGUUAAGUUUAUGUGAGCUUGUGUUUCCAGCACAUGGGUGGAGCCAGUCAGCCUGAUCACCAACUGCUACUGCUUAUCCAUCACUCACUGCCUGACAUGUCCUUCACCUGGUGCCAGGAUGCCAUGAAAUUAGUGGGCCUAUCUCUUCAGGCAUCCCUACUCUACCCAGAACUUGAGUCGAAUGGUCAGUGCCAGAGGACCAGGGACUUCUGUGCAUAUGCAGAGGUUAUGCUCAUUGUGUCUCCACCUCAGCUGCUAUGCUCACCCAGGUGGUCACUGCUGGCACAUCUGGAUGGGUGGGCCCAAUUUUAAAGGGCUGUAAAUAUUUUAGGCCACCCAGCAAUGGUUCUGGAGCCGAGGUCCUAAGUGGAGAGAGCACACUUCUGCCAUCUGCUGGCACUUGGUACUGUUGUGCACCGAAGGACCUCUUCAUCGGACCCCACCUCCCUUGUCUACUCCUGGGUAAUGAGGGACAAAAGGAUGGAGGAUUAUAUGGACUUCUCCAGACUCCAGCCUGGACAUGAUGCUCUUUCUUUCCCCUAACAGUAACUGCAGGCCAGAGACUUCUACCUUAAAUCUCCUUUAGCAUUUGAGUGUGCACAGCCAUGGUCCUGGAUCAAGGGCUGGUGAACCCAGUCCGAGGCCUGCUUUUGUGUGGUGCUGGUGCAUGAAACAAACACUGAGGCCAUAAGACUGGGUGUUUUGAAUGCCUACCAAGCAGACCAGGUGUUUUGAAAUAUUCUUUUGUUUUUUUAAAUACAUAUUUUUUAUUGAUGUCAGAGAGGGAGAGAGAGAAGUAUCAAUGAUAAGAGAGAAUCAUCAAUUGGCUGCCUCCGGCACACCCCACACUGGGGAUUGAGCCCAACCCAGGCAUGUGCCCUGACUGGCAAUCAAACCCUGACCUCCUGGUUCAUGGGUUGAUGCUCAACCACUGAGCGCCACCAGCCUGGCUCUACUUUCCUGCUAUAUUCCCCAAUUUGGGCUUUAGUAAAUAUAAACUCAUUUUAAGGAUUUUCAGCACUGUUUAAGAAUAGGUUUUAAAAUACUUUGGACUUCUCUUUUUGAGUCAAUAAACCCAUAAUUUUAA